GGGAGGAGGGAUGCGGUUCGGCGGAGGCGGCCGCCACAGGGACUCGCCGCCAUCACCUCUGCCGUCGCGGCCGCCUCAGCCUCUGGCUCCUGGGGCCGCCGCAGCCGCCACCUCAGCUGGAGAGGAGCCGCGGCCGGGACUGCCCGCCGCAGUUCCGCACGUCCGGUAAAGUACUCAGCUUUGUGGGAUAUUGCAUAAAUCUUGGAAGACUGCAAUUAAGUGGCAAUGUCUCGAGAACCCACCCCACCCCUCUCUGGAGAUAUGUCUACUGGGCCUAUAGCGGAAAGCUGGUGUUAUACACAGGUUAAAGUAGUAAAAUUUUCCUACAUGUGGACCAUUAAUAACUUCAGUUUUUGUAGAGAAGAAAUGGGUGAAGUGUUAAAAAGUUCAACAUUCUCAUCUAGCCCGAGUGACAAAAUGAAAUGGUGCCUGAGGGUAAAUCCAAAGGGAUUAGAUGAUGAAAGUAAAGACUACUUGUCCUUAUAUUUGCUUUUAGUCAGCUGCCCAAAAAGUGAAGUUCGAGCAAAAUUCAAAUUUUCCCUUCUGAACGCUAAAAGGGAAGAAACAAAAGCAAUGGAAAGCCAAAGAGCAUAUCGAUUUGUACAAGGGAAGGACUGGGGUUUUAAAAAAUUCAUUCGAAGGGAUUUUUUGCUUGAUGAAACUAAUGGUCUUUUACCAGACGACAAGCUUACAUUAUUUUGUGAGGUGAGUGUGGUCCAAGAUUCAGUAAAUAUAUCAGGGCAUACUAAUACAAAUACUUUGAAGGUGCCUGAAUGUCGACUAGCAGAAGAUUUAGGUAAUCUCUGGGAAAACACAAGAUUUACAGAUUGCAGUUUUUUUGUGAGAGGACAAGAAUUUAAAGCUCAUAAAUCUGUACUUGCAGCUCGAUCCCCAGUUUUUAAUGCAAUGUUUGAACAUGAAAUGGAAGAAAGCAAAAAGAAUCGAGUGGAAAUAAAUGAUGUAGAUCCUGAGGUUUUUAAAGAAAUGAUGAGAUUCGUUUAUACAGGGAAAGCACCAAACCUUGACAAAAUGGCUGACAACUUGUUGGCAGCUGCAGACAAAUAUGCACUGGAACGGCUGAAGGUCAUGUGUGAAGAAGCUUUGUGUAGUAACCUCUCAGUAGAAAAUGUUGCUGAUACCCUUGUUCUUGCAGAUUUGCACAGUGCAGAACAGUUGAAAGCACAAGCCAUAGACUUUAUUAAUAGGUGCAGUGUACUUCGACAGCUUGGAUGUAAAGAUGGGAAAAACUGGAACAGCAACCAAGCGACAGACAUAAUGGAAACAUCAGGGUGGAAGUCCAUGAUUCAGUCUCACCCUCAUUUAGUAGCAGAAGCCUUCCGAGCGCUAGCAUCUGCACAGUGUCCACAGUUUGGCAUUCCACGCAAACGGCUAAAACAGUCCUGAAACCUUCCAUGAACUGUAGAAAAAUGGAAUUGACUUUUAUUCCUCCAGGUCCAGAAGGAUUCUAGUAGACAAACCAUAAGCAAGAGGUGUUUCUGUUGUCUUGUCCACAGAACAGAAGCUGAAAAAAGCAUAUUGCUUGCAUUUCAGGUGGAUAAUUUAUGGUUUAUUCUUCAGCUUUAAAUUAGACUGACUAUAUUCUAAUUCACUUCAAGGCCUUAAAUUAUCUCCAGUGACUUCUCUUGUUCAUAUAAUACUUUAAUUUUUUUACUGUGCCUUGUCUUUUUGACCAAGGCUAUGCAGGAUUGCACUAGCUCCAUAAUGCAGUAAUAUUGAUAACUGAAGAUAAUUAAGUUUCAAAAGGAUCUUCCAUUAGCUUGAGAAAAGCAAAAUUAAUUUUAUAGGGUUUGUGCUAUGCUAUCUCAAAGUUUAAACUAGGUUGUCCUUAAAAGCACUUGCAUUGGAGAUAACUGGUAAUGUCUCCGGUCUAAGUUCUAUAAAUAUAGGAGAACCUGCUUACCUUCGAGGUAAGUUAUGGCAAUACACUGCUUCAGUUCUAAUUUAUUGUUCAUUUCAGGGGGCAAAUAUGCAAUGAGUUGGCCCAAAUUUUUAGUAAAAUUUGUGCUGUUUGUCUGUAUGUUAACUGUUCAACAAACUAAGAGAAGCAUAACAAAACUUUGCUUGUGUUUCUUUGUGGGUUUAUCCAAGUUUACAGUGAUUUAGAACUGAUUGAGGUUAAGAUUUCAAUAGGAAGAAAGCAUGUUUGUGCUGAAUUAUUUUUUUUUAAUUUAUAGUGAUCUGCAUUUAUAGGAAGAAUUCUGUACAUGUUAAAAGUAAGGAUGACCAAAUGUAAAUUUAAUGAGUGGGCCAAUUAAUAAGAAAGAUAUAUAUGCACUUUUAAUGUGUAACUUUUGUAUGCUGAAUGGUACAUAUAUUUUUUUGCUUUUGAGAAAAUAAUAAGGUAUAAUUAAUUGUGUCUUAACGUUUGACAGAAUUUUUUAAGACAGAUGGAGACAACUGGAUGUUUGCGAUAAUACAUAAGAAAGAUAUCCUUUAUUAUAGUUAAAUUGGUUUCAAUUUCAGAUAUUAAUUAUUGAAUUUAUUCCUGCUUGAUCACAUUUUAGAGAAGGCACCUGAACAAUAAAUAAAUCCUGUACAGUCUACCCUCCUUCUAAAAACAAUGAACUGAUACUAUUCCCAGAUUAAAGGAGAGAACCCUUAGAAGUGUCAGGCCACACUCUAAACCUUUCCCCCUGCCCCACCAGCUUCUCCUUUCUGUUUCAGUUACUAUAGUAAACAUCGUGUAUGAUAUUGAAAUUCUACUUAAUGUGAACAGGAUAAACUAUUUAUAAACUGCUUUUCAUGGGCCAGUUCUUUAUUAUAAAUGAAUUUUAGCUUUAAACAUACACAUGUUCAGUGUUUGAUAGCUCUGUUCAUAGUGGAGGUCUGUUCUGGUGCAUUGUCCUGGAGAAGUAUUAAUAGGAGCUGUCAGUGUCAAGUCACUGCAUCUUAUUCCUGUAACAGUGACAGUAUGCUUCUUAGGCAAGAUUUACAUUUGACCACAAGUGGAAAAUAGUGUCACUGGGAAAAAAUGCAUAUACCUAUAAAUUUGCAUAUAUAAUUUUAUUCUCCAGAUUAAAAUUUGUAUAAUUUGUUUAUUUAGUUUUUGAAUUUAGGAUAAAAGGAAAAAAAAUUAAGCCUGAGGUUUAAAAAUAGAUUUUUUUUGUUAUCUCUUUGUUAGGUAUUCACUGAAGCAAUUCUAAUUUAAUAUAUUAAGAGUGAUUCAUAUUUACGUUAAAUCACGCUGUCAAAUGAGCAUUUGUAAUCCGUAACAAAUUAGAGUUUGAAAAGAUCAUAUUUUCAGAUCUCUUCAUGUCUCUCUAUGUAGUUUCAUUGAGUCUUUGUUGUGUUGGAAGAAUCCCUUGAGAUAGAAGAAAGAUUCUUACGUGUUCAUGGACUCCAUCCUAUGUAACAUGUACUAUGUAAUAGUACUUCAGGGAGCAGAAUCUCACUUCCUUACCUUUACCAUAAGAUUGAAUUCACAAUGUACAAUUUAAAAAUACAUGUACAUAUAAAGUAAGAUCUUUAUUUUAAUUUUGCCAGGGUCUUAUAAGAAAACAAAAAUUCCUUCCUCAGGCUGUAGAAUUUUGUUGUUAUAUGUCAAAAAAGUACUGGUAUCCCCAUUUAUAUCAAAUGCACACAGGCACAAUAUGAAUUCACUGCUUGAAUCUAUGUUUCUAACCAUAGUGACUUCAGUAAUAACACCAUAGUAUGAACAUUUCAGCUUGCCUUUACCUAACUUGUUUUCAUGUUUAUUACAAAUCUUAAGGGUUUUAUUAUAAAGAUUUUUUUUUUAGUUUGAUAGCACAUUUUGUACCAAAAACGUCAAACACUGUGCUGUAAGAUUAUCCACAUUUGUAGAAAUGUCCACUUUUCAGAUAAUAUAAUGCCUACCUUUAUACUAACAGAAUCGUAUGUAGUUGAUUUAUUUUUUUUUUAUUUAUUAUGUAUAUUUUUGGUAUUGUGGGUUCUUAAGGCAAUGAUAAAAAACUGUUAAUGUAUUCUGAUGUGAGUGCUCAAAUAGCCUUUUUUUUUUUUUUCAUUUUUAAAAUACAUGGUUUUCAGUAGGCACAGAUUCUGUUCUGUUUUUGGUUAUCAACCUGCUCCUGUUUCCCUUUUGUUACCUAAACAGAACUGCUUGGAAAAGGAGUGACUGGUUUUAAAUGUUACAUAUUACAAAAAUAACCAUUGGAAUACUGUUCUUUAGGUUCAGAUACAGAAACACUAUAUUUGUGCCUUUUUUGUUUUUGAAUUUUAAUGUGUAUUGGUAUUUGGAGCACAAAUAUGAAGGUGCCAUAAUAUUAUGGCUUGCCAUUGUUACCUCCUUGAAUACGCGUAUGUCAUUGUCUUGAAAUAGUAAUUGAGGAACCUUGCAUGUAUUAUGUGAUCAUUUGGGUGUCUGUGCGUGCGUGUGUGCAUGUGUGUGCGUGAGUGUACAUGGACUUGUUUUCACUUAGACUUGUGUGUGGUAUAUUCAAAAGAGUGAAUUUUUAAAAAUAGGACUCAGUUAAAUGUUGAAAGUUCAGGCUAGUUGAAAUAUUUCAUUUAAUGUGCUUUACUUGGGACAAAUGAUUGACAAAGGAAAUUAUAAUUCUCAAAAAUGUGACCAAUUACUGCAUGAUGAACUGUAAAAACAGUGCCUUUUAGGACACCAUUAAUUUUUAAAUUAAGUUUAAAAUGUUAACAAAGAUCUCUUACAACGUUGUCAUGAACCGUUAUUGGCUUAUUUUUAAACUAGACCUAAGUUAGAGCUUAAAUUACCAAAAGUUUAAUUACUAAUUUACCCAUUUAAGUUUUGUGCAUAAAUUUAAAACCUAAACCGAAUUCUUUAUGAAAAUGUGGAUCAUAGAUGUUACCCAGUGUUACUAAAAUAGAACACUAGGAACUUCGGUAAGUUGUUUUGUUAAAAUCCAACACACAAGCUUUUCUCAUAGUCAAGUAUGCUUCAGUGGUGAAUUAUUUCGAGUUGGACUUUAAUGCUCAUUGGUGGAUAAAAUAAAAAUAUUCAGUAUAUUCUUGCAAAGUAAGGUGGGUGGGUGGGUUUUAGUGUUUUCAGAUUAUAAAGACAGCACUUUCACACUCGAGUAUUUCACAAACCUUUUAUACAGAUAAUGAGCUCUACUUUUAAUUGUUCAUGGAAUGAUGUAAGUUUUAGGUUCAGUUAAACAAAUAUUGAGUGCCUACCGUACGCAAGACUUCCUCUUCACUAGGAAUUAAAUCACCACACCGUGUCUUCUGCUUGCAAUAUGUGGACUUUAUAUUUGAAAAGGAAUUCUUAUAUUUAAGUUUUUCUGUUGUUAGAGUUUACCAUCAUAUACUGAAACCCAGUUAAUUUUGCAUUCAUUUUUUUAGAAUGAAGCUAAAACUUAAGUGAGUCCCACUUUUGAAAAUAAAAUUCUGCUAAAAUUAUUUAAAAAUUAGUUCUGGGGGGAAUUGAUUUUCAAAUUUCAAAUGUGUAAAGACGUAUAUUGAACUUCUCAGCCUCAUUUUUAAUCAGCUCAUGUUAAUGGUGAGAUACGUACUUUUGGUAUCUUGUUGCUGAAAAUAUUUUUUGCAUUUCAGCACGUUGCGUUAAAAUAAAGUUGUUACUACUUAUUCAGAA